AUGGUUGAACCCCUUGCUCUAAGCUCGUUCCUUGCGACAUUGAUAUCGUUGUCGGCACGCCUAGCCUUCGACAUAGCGAGCCUGAGAAGUAAAUAUCGAAGUGUUCCACGAGAGCUCUCCUACCUUGAGGCAGAGUGCCAGAUCUUGGCCUCUUUAUUGGCUAAUCUCAAGAGUACCGAGCCUUUCGCUUACGAAGCUCGCAACCUGCGGCCCGUCCUGUGCCAUCUCAAUCAGAUUCUUAUUGAUACUUCCGCCCUAUUCGGGGUAUUCGAUCGGACGCCAACAUUUCUCAUGCGAAUCAAGUGGAUCAUGCAGAAGGAUGAAUUAGUUUACCACCGAGAAUCACUCUCCAGUUGCCUGGCGUUGUUCAAUGCUACAUUAAUUUCUAAAAUGCCGUCAGUCUUUUCGUUUGUCGUGUUACACGCCACUCUCGCUGAUCCAUGA